GCCGAAACACUGGCACUUCUGGUCGACAUGGUUGCGAAAAUGCAGACUGCUUUGGCUUUGAUUGGUCCGCUGAUGGCACUUGCCCCUCGUUCGGUGUUUGGGUACGAUAACACGAGGAAUGAUAACGUGUGUGCAUACUGGGGACAGAACUCAUAUGGUGCCACACACACAUCGGACACAGCGAACUGGCAAAAGAAUCUCUCAUCCUACUGCACAGAUGACUCCAUCGAUGCGUUCCCUCUCGCGUUCUUAGACAUUGCAUUCGGUACCGGAGGAUACCCGUCUCUUGAUCUUGCCAAUAUCUGCAACGUCAACGACGACACUGUCUUCUCAGGAACCGAACUCCCGGACUGCAGCUUCAUGGCCUCUGACAUUCAAACUUGCCAAGCCGCCGGCAAAAUCGUCACUCUUUCCAUUGGCGGUGCUACUGGAUCCGUCUCCUUCACUGAUGACGCUCAAGCAGUCACCUUCGCCAACACUAUCUGGGACUUGUUCCUCGGUGGAAGUAACGAUACCAGGCCUUUCGGUGAUGCCGUCCUCGAUGGUAUCGAUCUGGAUCUCGAGGGUGGUUCGCCGAGCCACUGGCCUGCCUUCGUCACUCAGAUCAGGACGCUCGCGGAUGGUGCGGACAAGUCAUACUAUUUCACCGCUGCUCCUCAGUGUCCCUUCCCCGACGCUUACGUCGGCGAUGUCUUGAACUCCGUCGGGUUUGAUGCUGUCUACGUUCAGUUCUACAACAACUACUGUGGCCUCACCAACUUUGACAACGCCAAUGACUGGAACUUCGCCACAUGGGAUAACUGGGCCAAGACUGUCUCUCCUAAUCCGAACGUUAAGGUCUAUAUCGGUGCCCCCGCCUCUAGCACCGCUGCAGGUUCGGGCUAUGUCGAUGCCGCCACACUUGCAUCUGAUGCCCUCGCCACUCGCGAACAGUAUUCUUCCUUCGGCGGUGUCAUGCUUUGGGAUGCUUCUCAGGCGCAAGCCAACGGCAACUUCGCCGCCUCAAUCAAGAGCGCUUUGUCCAGUGGUGGAACUUCCGUCCCAACUACCUCAGUUGCCUCUACGACGAAGGCGGGCGCAUCCACGACUUCGGUUGGUACGACCACGUCUGCUGCAACUAGCACAAGUGCUACCACUAGCGCUUCUGCGACGACUUCAGCCUCCAGCGGGAGCUGCGGUGUCGUCGCCGCAUGGCUCGCUAACAUCGCAUACGAGACUGGUGACCAGGUUACUUACAACGGUGACCUGUGGACCGCCAACUGGUGGAGCUACGCCGACACCCCUGGUGGUGCUUCCGGUGACUGGACCGAUAACGGGCCGUGUGCUAGCGUUCAGGUGGACAAGACGAACUACAGGACCGCAGAAGCUCAUGCCUCUAUUCCCGCAACCGCGGAGGUCAACCCUACGGCCUCUGCCUCCUUCCUCUCCUCUCUCAGCGCCGCUUCUGCUUCCGCUACUGCAUCUGCGUCUAAGCGUACCGUGAGGAUCAGCAAGGAGUAGGCCUUUCGAGUGCUUGGAGACUGAACUAUUGGGUUACGAAUGUGUUUUCCGAUUUUGAAGCUAUUUAUUCGGUUUUUUCUCGUCGCUACUGUGCAUACUUCGGCCACUCUGUCCUUUCCGGGUCACUUUGCACGCU